CAUCUAUUUGGGACUCAAUCAUGCAUCAACCUAACAUCAGGAACCAAAUGAUAGUCUAUAAGAAAUAUGUUUUGUUUCCUUCAGUUUCCAAUAGAAGUUUUCAAUAGAGGAGAGACUAUCUGAAACUCAGGGGUGAGCUAUGGAGUUCUGAUUCUCUGACUUUGAUUGUUGGCUUACCACGAUUGUAUUAUUCAUCACUGGGUUACAAAGACUAGAUUAUUUGCCUAAGUUAGCUUAUGAAAAAGAGAAAUAACAUCCAAUCUAUUGCUUCAUGAAUUAAACUGAGCAUCUACUCAGAUUGCCAGAGAGAAUACUAAAUCUGGCAGACUCCUUUCCAUUGGAUGAAAUCAAGAGAAAACUGAACGUCCAUCUUUCUGAAAUGCUUUGAUCUGGAUUCUUGAACUGAAGAACAGGUUGGACAUGAAAGUCCAUGUGGCAUCUUCCAAUUUCUGGAAAGAUACCACAUAAAAGAAGGUCAAGUCGUCUCCUUUCUCUAUCACCCCAUAGCUCACAAGAUAGACUAAUGGAUUCAGGUAACAUGGAAGGUAGAUUUUAACUGAUUGCUAGGAAAAACACACAAAAAGUAAGAGCAAUUUAACAGAGGAAAUCAGUGGGGCAGAGAACUCCCCUUCACUUUCUCUUAAGAAGACCUUAAAAUUGCCAUGUCAUAGAGGUGUGUAGAUACCAAGUUAACAAAGAUCAAUGUAGAAGAAACAAAAUAGGCACAUAGUUUGAUCAACAUUUUCUUCAAAUACCCAAGAAAAAAUGGGUAGAGAGAUUCAUGUUAUAGAAACUACAGAACAAAACUUUAUGUUGCAGAAUUUUUAAAAUAAAUCAUCUUUAUUCUUAAAUAUUAUCUUUCUGGUCCAUACAUAUUUCACUAAAAGCUCUGGAAAAUGUAAACACAUUUUUUUAUUCCUACUGAACUUGGUUCUAGGUCUCAAAAAGUGGACCCUGCACCUUUGGGAAAAAUGUGAUGAUGUUGAUUGAACUUGCUUCUAGGCCAAAGAUUUGGGUUGGUUUGGGUUGGCUGAUAAAGCAUCAAGCUGUAGAAUAAUAAUCUUGAUGAAUCAUCCCUCUGAUGCUGCUCAACAAUUAUUCUGUUCUUGGAUGAAUAGGUUUGGGAUGAAGAACCAAACAGUUGUGGACGAAUUCAUUUUACUGGGAUUUCCCAGCAUCCUAAAAGUAAGAUUUCUGGUGAUUGUGGGUGUCUUGAUGAUCUAUAUCUUGACUGUCACUGGGAAUAUUGUCAUUGUUGCAACUGUGGUUUAUGACCCUAAUCUCCAUAAGCCAAUGUACUUCUUCCUCAGCAACCUUUCAUUCUUAGGAAUUAUGUAUGUGACAGCUACAAUCCCUAAAUUUUUGGUCAAUUUACUCACCAUCAAGAAAUCUAUCAGCCUGACUGGUUGCAAAGCUCAAGCUUUUUCCCACUUUUUCCUUGGGGCCACAGAAUUCUUCCUUCUGACUGCUAUGGCGUAUGACCGUUACAUGGCCAUCUGCCACCCCCUUCAUUAUCACGCAAUCAUGAGUAGCAGAGUUUGUGUUCAACUGGCUUGUGGAUCCUGGUUUGGUGGUCUGAUGACCGUUUUGGUACAGACCAUCCUAGUGUUCCAGCUUCCAUUCUGUGGCCCCAAUACUAUCAAUCACUUCUAUUGUGAUGUUGGACCAUUGCUAAAGCUGGCUUGCACUGACACUCAUCCUAUUGAAUGGAUAGUCUUUGUGGUUGCCACCAUCGUGGUGUUCAGCAAUUCCCUCUUGACGGUGGUUUCAUACAUCUUCAUAAUCUCCACUGUGAUGAAGAUCCCAUCCAUUUCUGGAAGACAAAAGGCUUUUUCUACUUGUAUCUCUCACUUAAUCGUUGUUAUUCUGUUGUAUGGGGCAAUUAUUUUUAUAUAUGUUAGACCAACUGGACAUGCUUCAUUAAAUAUGAACAAGGUAGUCUCCCUUCUCAAUACUUUGGUUACACCAUUGCUCAAUCCUUUUAUUUAUACUCUCAGGAAUAAAGAAGUUAAAGAUUCUCUGAAAAGAGGAUUAAGCUGGAAUAAAGUAUUUAAGAAGAGCCACAAAUAAAGUUUUUUUUUUUAAAAUGGAGACAUGACUGACUAAAGUACUAUGGAGCACCAUAUCCCAAAGGUGCUUUUUCAUGAGGCAACUGGACUUUCUUGUUUUUCUUUGAAGACGUUUUGCUUUUCCUCCAAGAAGCUUCUUCAGCUUUUAUACUUUA